AAAAUCCCCAACCCCCGAGCAACCCGAGUCGACGCGCAUAUCGUUCCUGCAAAGCGUACCAAAUCUCCGCACACGCACAAUGGCAACGCCAUCCCCCCAAACAUGGACGCUCCGCCUAAAAUCCCACAAGACAACCGUCCUCCUGCACGUCGACCCCCUGCACACCUUUGACACGAUAAAAGCGAGUCUCUACUCCGCGCUCGAGCAAACGGACCUGCGCCACGCCGACACGGGCGCCGCGAUCCCGCUGCCCGCAUCGCCAUCUGACAUCCAGUUUGGGCGGCCGGUCAACAUCAACGACGCGAACGAGGGGUUUAAGCUCGGGGAGUGGGAAUACAGUGGUCUUGACUCUGCGGACGAAGAUGUCGUUACUUCAAGUAAAGGGAAGGGUAAAGCGAGGGCCAGUGCAAAGUCUACUACUGACACGCACAAUGUCAAGGCGUGUCCGAAAGGUGCGGGGCUGAGAGACGGUGCUGUGUUGGCGUUUCGCUGGGUUGGAGACGGGAAUUGGGAGGGAGAAGAUGAGGAUGAGGAUGGUAGUAAUAGUGAGGGGGGGAGAUUGGAUAGGCCGGGGAGUAUGUGGGGUGUUAAGCUUGCGAGCUUUGAGGAUGCGUAUGGCGUGGAGAAUCCGGCGGAUGUUGGUGGCGGGGGGGAAUUUGAGGGGUGAGAAUGGGGCCUCUUAAGGUAUGACGAUGGGAUAUUUGGUGCACAUGGGGGUAAGCUGGACGACGUUUAUCCAAGUACCAUGCUGUCUGUUCUGCUUCCCGUGCAUGAACCACCGGAUUCGACGCCAUACCACUGCUCGCAAUCCCGGCCAAGCAAAGAAUCUAGCGCAAGAGCGGGGAAAUCCGCCCCUUUUCCAACGCUCUCUCGCACUGAAAAAAAGAAAAGAAAAAAUAUAAAGUACAUUUCAGUCUGCGGGGGAAAAAACGAAAAAAGAAAUCGCAUCAAGGCACGUAAGACUGUGCUUAGAAUCCGAGGUUUACACGGAUACUUAGUCUUGUAUAGU